AAGUGUUUCUUCUCCUAAUAAGGUACGCAAAAAUCUUUCUUUUUUCAUAUUUGAAUUAGUUACUGACAAUUCUGGGAAUAUAUUGUUUCGACUUUUGUUAAAUUUUUCUAGAAAAUGUUGGUAUUUGUUUGCUUAUUCUAAUAUUUUAAAUUUUAGGGGAACAUAAUAAUGGCAUUCCUUUUCUGCUAUAAACUGUGACACUCUUUCUGUUCUAAAAAUCCCUGAUUGCCACAUGUCCUUCUUAAGAUUCUAUGUCCCAUCAGCAAUAAAGAGUGUGCUCAAAAUUAUUUUUGGCCCCAUUUACCAUUUUAGAAAUUACCUUACCCAAUUAGUCUUUACAAUUUAUUAAUCUGAUUUGACAGGUCUAAGAAAAGCAUUUAUAUGUGUUUAAAAAAAAAAAAACCUGUGAAGCUUGGCAGAAAUCGUAAAUCAUAGCUUUAUAUGCCAGUUCUGUUUCAUUUUUCAGCAAUCCUUGUCAUUCAAAGGAACUUGAAAUUUCAUAUGAUCUGAUAAAUUUGUGAAGACUUGUCACUGAAGCUACAUGCUUUUUGUUUUGGUAUUGAAUUGUUGACUGUUGUUGUUUGUGAAGGAGUUCCAUGUAAAUGUAAUUGGGUUAUUAAGGCUUGCUAGAAAGAUUAAUUUUCCGGACCAGGCAUCGUUAUUGGAGCUCUUGUACUCAUAACUAAUCUGUUGAUUGCUGUGGGAAGGAAGACAUUGUUUUAGUAAUAUGAACUAUGAAGCAGUGAUUCAUAACAAAUGUGCUACAAGGAUUAUGUGAACAGUUAUUUUGGUCUUGUCUAUCUGUCGGGGACAACAUUUGCGCAACUUGUGCUAUUCUUCUAAGAUGGUCUAACUUUCUUUCAAUUAUUGUCUGCAGUUGAAUAUGUUACAGAAGCGGGCCCUUGAAGAGGAGGUAUACAAUGUCUAUACUAAGCAACCAAGACAUUUAGAACCCAGUGAUGAGGGGAUUUCAGUCCUGGAGUUUUCUUCUCUUCACACAAGUAAAACUGAAUGUGAUGGAAAGCCAGAUGGUGGCUUUCUUUCUCAAGUGCAGGCCUGCGAUAAAACUGAGGGGUUUACACCUUGCUCCAUUUCCAACUUUUCAGUGAUUGUAAGUACUACAAGUGAAGAAGAUUUUCCUUCCAGUCUAGUGCCGUCUCCAGGUCACUGUGAUUUUGAGUUUCCAGCUACCACCAUUAUCCAUAGCAGAGAAGUAUAUUCUUAUCUUUUUGAAAAUCCUCCACAAAAGCUGGUUCCUGUUGGAAGGGAUUUUCAAGCAGAAUUGCCUACGUGGGUUGGCCGUGGCAGAACUAUUUCCAGUUCUGCUUUGACAGAGACUUCAGAAAUGUUGAAUAUAGUUUCGGAGUCAAUAAACUCAAAUUCUGGUGAUCAUUUAACGGAUGGAGAUAAAUUUAUUGGAUCUUGUAUCAUUCCCAUGCCUGAUACACCCAUGUGUGUAGAUGCAGAGAACAUGGUUGGAGCAGGAAGAAUUCCUUGUUCCUGCGAUGACUUGGGAUCCAUUCGAUGUGUCCGGCAACACGUAAGUGAAUCUACAAAUGAAAUUAGGGAAUGCCUGGGUGAGGAGGCUUUCCGCAAUUUGGGAUUUUGUGACAUGGGAGAGGUAGUGGCUGAGAAAUGGAGCAAUGAUGAAGAGGACUUAUUUCAUGAGAUUGUAUUCAGGAACGCCGCAUUUAGGAGGAACUUUUGGGAUGAGCUUGCUUCUGAAUUUCCGUUAAAGACCAAAAAGGAAAUCUUCAGCUACUAUUUUAACGUUUUUAUGUUGCGGAAACGGGCUGAGCAAAAUAGAGUUGAUGUCCUGGAUAUUGACAGUGAUAAUGACGCGUGGGAGGGAGUCCAUGGUUCUGCUGAUGAUAUCAUUGAGAAGGUGGAUCCUUCAGAUGACUCUGGAGAUGAAUCACCUAAUCAAGAAGAUGAUUUUGGUUGUGGUGUGUUUUAUGAAAUCAAUGGUAGUAAAAGUAAUAAUGAGGUUUUUACCUUGAGAACUUCUGGGUAUGAAGCACAUGAGAACCUUGAUAAAAAUAAAUGCACGGCUCAUAUGUCCGAAACAUGUUUUAGUAAUGUGUUCAAAAAUGGGAGUUCUGGUACAUUAUGUCAGCAACUUGACCGUUGUGUUCCUGAUGAGCUGCAUAGACAUUAUGUUCAAAAAGUUUGUUGCCAAUCAGGUAUUACUGGAAGUGCAACAGAUGUUGCUAUGGGUAAGGAUCAUGAAGUAAUGAGACACUGGAAUGGCCAUGAAUCCCUUGUAGAGCAUUGCAGUUCUAAGGAAUGGGAUGUUGGUUAUUUGCCCUGUUCAAAGGGUGAAGAUUUUCUUCCCACCUGCAGUGUAAUUGAAGAAGUCUUCGGUUCUGGAAUUUGUAAUUACAAGACAUGAGAUUGCUAAAACCUGAAGAUAGUGGGGUUGACAUUCACAUAUUUGAGUUGCACAUAGGAUAAAAUUAAGAGCAAAAAGUGUUUUGAAAUUAGAUAUUCUUGUUGUAAAUCAUAUUGGCUGCGUAGCUGCCCAAGUCAGGAGUUCGAUCUCCGCUGUAAAUAUUAGUCCCAGUUUAGCAUACAUCUUUAGUUUUGAAAAGCUAUACCCCCAGAGACAAAAUUGUACUUGGAGUGGGUUUCAUGUUUGGGAAGGAAAGGAUACCUUGUUGAAUGAACAAAACUACACCAGGCUCUGCUUUUCCAUGUUGACUACAUCGAUCAGCAGCUCCAGCUGACAAGUUUAGCUUCAUAAUAAGCAAAGCAUGUAUAGUGUUGACCUAAAAAACCUUGUUGUGUUCAAGUGUUUCUAGUUUCAGCAGAUGAUAAAUGUAGAAAUAUCAGAUUAUGGUACAGUUAGCCUCUGAAUUACAAUCUCUGCCAAUCAAUUCUGAACUUGACUGAUCGACAUGGGGCCUGGAUUCAUUUGUGUGAAUCGAAAUCAAUGUUUGCUGAUGGUUGGAUUGGUCUACUUGAUAUUCUGCAGAUGUAAUUGUCACACAUGAAUCCGGGCUCUGUGUGAAAACGGGAUUCGAUUCUUCCUGUCAUUUUUCAGUUGAAAUGCAAGAGAAGAUUGGCUUUUGAGCACUUGCAGUGCAACUUCAAUUUCUUGAGUUUCAACAUCGUGUUGUGCUUAAAACAGUACUAAAAGUUUUCACUUUGGGACCUCAUUAAUUGAUUUUGCCGCGGUAAUGGACUUAGGUGCGACAACGGUGUGGUCUUACAAUGUCUUUGAGUGAUUAUUGUUCAAUCGCCAUUCACCAUUAUUAUGACCAGUCCUGAUUAACACUUGAGCUGAGUUGGGUGUUGCUUUGCGUUGAUAACACUUGACUUGGUACCUUAGUAGCUAUGUAUCACUCUUUACUUUCUUCUGUAGUUUAUUAGCCAUCAUUUUCUGUGCAGCAUCACUUUCCACACUGGAAGAAAUUGAAGAAAGCAUUGUUUUUUAGGUUUAGAUUUUUAAUGGUCAACUGCCGAGUUGUUGAUAUUACACUGAAAGCUUUGAUAAUUAGUGUAUGCUGAGUUGUUUAUUCAUUAGGUUUUUUUUUUAAAAAAAAAAAUUGUUU